AUGUCGGAACUCAAGCAACGUAUGGUCAUCCAUCUCCUGUCGCGCCGGGUACAUACCAUGCCCCUCGCCGUCCUCCCCUCCACCUCCAAGCCAGCUCCAUUUCUCGUUUCAUCACGAUCACACCCAUCUCUACCUGCAGCUGACAUCCCCAUAGCAUCAGACGAGGAGGAUGGCAAGCGGCAGAUGGCCGAGGCCGCACCGCCCUACGAUUCGGGCUCGACCUCGGCCGAGGACGUGGUCUGCCCGCCGCACACCACGGAGCGCAGGAUCACGACGCGGAUCGACUCGUACAUCAUCCCGUUCGUGUCGGUCCUCUACCUCAUGGCCUUCCUCGACCGCGUCAACAUCGGCAACGCGCGCGCCUUCGGGCUCGAGGACGACCUGCACAUGGGCGGCGUCGAGUACAACACGGCCCUCACCAUCUUCUUCGUGCCCUACAUCAUCUGCGAGAUCCCCUCCAACAUCCUGAUCAAGUACCUGUCGCCCCGCGUCUGGCUGUCCAUUUGCUGCAUCGGCUUCGGCGCCGUCACCGUCUUCCAGGGGCUGGUCCAGAACUACGGCGGCCUGCUCACCACCCGCUUCUUCUUGGGCCUGUUCGAGUGCGUCAUGUUCCCCGCCUGCUUCUACCUGCUCGGCAGCUGGUACCGCCGCGCCGAGGCCCAGAAGCGCUUUUCUCUCUUCUUCUCGUCGACCUCGCUGGCGGGCGCGUUUGGCGGGCUGCUGGCGUCGGGCAUCGGGAAGAUGGACUAUGUCCGCGGCUACCGCGGCUGGCGCUGGAUCUUUAUCCUCGAGGGCACCUUCACCGUGCUACUCGGUAUCUUCUUUCUGUUCACCUUCCCGUCGUUCCCGGAACAGGCGAAAUGGCUGCGGGACGACGAGCGCGAGUACGUCAAGGCGCGGCUGCGGGCGUCGCAGGGCGCGAGCGGCGCGGAGCGCAAGAUCAAGCUCAAGGACGUGGUGACCGUCAUGUCCGACUACAAGAUCUGGCUCGGCGGCUUCAUGUACUUUGGCCUCAUCGUGCCGGCCUACUCGUACGCCUACUUCGCGCCCACCAUCAUCCAGAGCUACAAGUACGACCCCAUCACCACCCAGCUGCGGUCUGUUCCGCCGUGGGUUGUUUCGUUUGGGUUUUCUAUGGUGGUGGCUGUGUUCUCGGACUGGGCCAAGCACCGGUUUUUGUUUAUCAUUGGGGCUAUCUGCAUUUCUAUCUCGGGGUUUGCGAUCCUGCUCACGGUGCAUGAUAACUUGCAGGUGCAGUAUGCUGCGCUGUUUUUGACGUGUAUGGGCACCUACUCGGCCAUGCCGGUUAUUGUGUGCUGGUUCAACAUGAACCUGGCGGGGCACCAUCGGAGGGCCAUCGGGAGUGCCUGGCAGAUUGGCUUCGGCAACAUUGGUGGCAUCAUCUCGACAUACUCGUUCGUCAAGGAAGAUGGGCCGCUAUUCACCAAGGGCUAUGCCAUUUGCGUGUCUUUCAUCUGCCUGAGUGUGGUGUCGUGCAUCCUGUAUGCGGGGGCCAUCACUUGGGAGAACAGGAAGCGGAGCAAGCAGGUGCAUGAUUUGAACUUGACCGAGUCGGAGAAACUGGAUCUGGGGGUACAUGCUUUAACAUUAUGA